GCCCUUAAGAAUGGAGGUUCUCAACUGGCUAGAGGCCUUUUGCGCCUACCACAGUUCGCCCUUACGUCUACACCUCACCUCAUCCCGUCGUUGAAUCUUCGCGUCAAGCUAAAAUCGCCUUCCUCUCCAGAAUUAGUACACUGUUUUUCUGUUGAUAUGUUAUUAUCUGAUUCCUAG